AUGCCGAAUAAGGGACCACGCAGUCGCAGGGCGUCUUUCAAAGAACGAGUUGAAUUUGAUCCGCCACCAGAUGCCAAACCAGAAUACCUUACCGAUGAUUUGGAGGAGCUUCAAGCAGCCCAGCGAAAAGCCAAGGAAGUUGAGGACCGAAAUGUGGAACUAGCAAAACUGAAUGAUGAACUAGCACAAAAACUCCACAUCUCGAAACAAUCGCUUGAAGAGCAACACAAAGCCACGGUAAAUGCAGAUGCAGCUCGUAUUCUGGCUGAAAAGUUAAGCGAUGCAAGAGAGAAAACUAUCAAAGCAGCCGAGGAAGUCAACGAGCAGCUCCAAAAGAAGACCGAGGUCCAGAAAGGAAGGAUCAACCAGCUUCAGGAACAGAAUAAGAAGAUCGCACGAGACAAAGAUGAAAUCGAUAGAAUAAUCAAGUCGCAACAGGACAAGUUAAAUGACAAUGAAGAAGAGAUGAAAAAACUCAAGCAUCAGCUUACCACACAACAAUGGGAGAUUACAAGCAUGAGAACGGAAUAUCAGGCUAGGAUGACAGAGGCAGACAGAAAUAAAUUGUUUCUAUUGGAGCGGGUUCACAGGGCUAUUGAGACGGAGGAUAUUGCUGAGCACGCGAUGUUAGAAACUGUGCAGCAUCCCGGUGUCACCUGGCCCGAGCUGGCCCCCUCGAGCGACAGUGGGCAGAUGAUUCCCUCUGGUGCCAAUCAAACGCUUUUGUCACUGAGCGAGGAAUUACAGAAUACCCUAUAUAGCCUGUCUGAAGGCACAGCGAGUCGGUCGAGUUUAGCGACACUUUAUGGGCAGCAGGCGCAACUGGAUCGCGAGACAGACCCGGCCAGUCUUCCUGACGCGCCAUCGCUAUUUGGUCAAAGCCUGGCCCCGGCUGCCGAAGUGGCUCCUAUGGACUGGGGCAAUGUGGAGCAAGCAGCCCAUGCAGGUGUGAUUCCAUUCCUCGGGGAUCUAUCCAACACGAAUCGAAAGCGGCCUCUGUCUGAGUUGGAGAACGCAGAUGGCUUCCAUGAGGUGGAUAACGCGUUCGCACGGGGUAAGAAGAUUCGCAUUGCUGCCGGUCAGAGCCAGCUAGAGCAGAUCCAAGGCAAUGUGGGUUAUGAUAAUCGCUUUGAGUUCCCACUGUUCAACCCGGCGACUUCGCGGAAACUUUGGGGUCGUACAUAUCGGACUGCAGGUGUCCAGACGCUGGAUAAUUCUCUCAAACCCCAACCGACAGCUACGAUCAUAUCUGUCAAACAGCCGAGCGAGCCUGAACGAAAGCUAAAGAGAUCCCUGUCAUGUGGACCGAAUUACUCAGGGCCAGUAUAUCUCCCAAAGAAGUAUGAGUCGCAUCCUUUGGAGAUAAAACCAUCCCGAACGACACCAAAGGCCUGGACCAACCUGUCGACCGACCAGCUGCCUGCCACGGGUGCUCUGCAAACGCACAUUGUACCUAGGAAAAGAAUCGCAAAUAGGGUCACACAGACGGCCCCAAAGAAGGUUCACGAGGAACCACCGAUCCCCAUCUGGAUGAUGGUACUGGUGGCCCUCUUCAGCCUUGGGGUGCUCCUGGUUGUUUGGGCCCUACUUGGUCGUCUAAUCCGAUGGUUAUUUAUAACACUAAAAUGGAUGCAUUACAACGAGGUACCCGAAGACGUCUUGAGAAUGGUGCGCGGUAGAAAACGCCCUGGGUGGCUGUGGGUGCGAAAGAUAGACUAUAAUCUGGCCAGACUUGUAGACAUCAAAUCGGGCUUGCUUGGAUGACGAUGCAGGUACGAGUCUGUCGGCCCUGGUGGCACGGCGGACUUAGUGAUUGGGAAUGGUAUAGAUGUAUAUAGACAGCUGAUGU